AUGCCACCACAUGCCACCGCGGCCGUGCGAUGCUCCAUCCCAUCCACUGCCAUGCCUUGCCAUGCCUUGCCCAUGCUCCCAAUGUUCCCCAACCGGAGUACUUGCACGUACAUACAUGUUUGCGUGCUAGGCGGCGGCGGCGUCGGCGGCGUCGUCGAAGCUAACGUGCGGCCGGUAGCCAGGCUCGGGGCUUGUCAGGGCAGCUCAGCCGGGCAAGGUCCAAGCCCGGGAGUCCGGGAUGACCUCUCAUGGCAAGGCUUGGUUCGCUGUCUUUCUUCCCAGCCCCGGGACGACUAUUUUUAUUGGGACGGCGAGGAGGGCCUCCAACAAGAAGAGACUUGGUGGUGGGACCCCGUCAUCCUUUUUCCACGCCAUCCCAAAUCCUUUUUCAGUGGGUUGCUACAGUGGUCGGCUGCUUGGCCAACAGCGGGCGGCGGUGCGUUACAGCUGGGCCACAGGGCGAAGUCGGGCCUCUGGCGGCGUGGCUCCAGCCCAGGACGGGUACGGUGGCUUGACCCAGCUGCGGGCCAGGGGACGACAGGCUGGGAGGCGAUUAGCAGCGAUGCCGCUAUGGGCACUAGCGACAGGGGAAAUCCGGCCAUGCACACGCCUGGAAAUUGGGUGGCAUCGCUGACCAAUAGUUCCGGGGGAAGCACUUCGUACGUGCUUCUGCUUGGGUGGUCCAACCGUUUAUUGAUGGUCCAGAUGAAAGAUUUCCGCUGCUUUCACGCCAGAAGCCAGAACCCAGACCCUGCAAGGAAAAUAUUGCCCUACAGGCUCAUCGUAGCGUCCCCGUCCUUACCUACCUCAUCCCUACCUGUCGUGCCUAUUCUGGGGGGCUCGUGCAAAGGGCCAAGGACGUGCGUGUAUCGUGCUCUUCGCACCUCGAUUGGGGAACUUCGGCGACGGCGCGCGCGGAAAGUCCAUUGUCCAGAAAGCUCGACUUUUGAAUAA